AAUACUCGUACGAACAGCCGAACUUUACCACUCCGCGGUUAUAGCGAUCAGCAAUAAUUAAUUAUUUUAAUUUUCCUCCUGCCACUUUCCGGUAAUAUUGCAUUUAUAGAUGCAUUACAGGAAUUUUUUACUACUCAUAAGUGACAGAUCGAUAAACGCAUUACUCACUAUGAUAAAGUCAAUCGCGGUAUUGUCCAGCGUCUUGUGCUUGGUUCUGGCAGACUUUUGUAAAGAAGAAAAAGGAAUCGAAAGCUUUGACCCAGAGAAGUUCAAAGGCGUCUGGUACUUCUCUUACAGAUAUGGCAUAAAGACACCCGUAUCGUUCGCUAAUAGUUGCAUGAAAUCCGACCUUAAUGUCACAGAGAACGGAUUUGAAGCUAAACUAGAAUUUUACAAUAAUGGGAAGAGGAAAUCUUUCGUGGUAGACGUACCACUGAAGAAAGAAGGCGGCAGCUAUUUCCAAAUCACUCCAAAGGGUGCAAGUAGGUUAUCACAGUUUUAUGCAGCCUUUAAAAUCCGAUGUUCAGGUGUAUGCUGUGCUUCUAGACACUGAUUACGAAAACUAUGUAACCGAAUACUUCUGCAUGUUCGGUAAAAUGGCGGAGGGAUUUAUCAGAACUAGAAGCAAAAAUCCCAGUCCAGAAAUCAUACAGAAGGCAAAGGAGGUAGCAAAACAACGAGUGCCCGAUGUUAAUACUUUUGUAGACUUGAACUGUGCUACUUCCGAAAUUUAGUUUUAAUUGACUGUAUCGUAAUAUAAAAUAUGUUCGAUUCUUG